AACAAACAGAAAAUGUGUGUCACUUGAAACUGUGCCAGUGUGUGGCGUGUCCUAAUUAAUGGUCAUUCUAGCCCUAGCUUAGAGUUACACGAAGCUGCCUCCCAAACCUAUAACCUCCGUGAAGGAAUGUCAGCUUCACAAGUCACCCUUUCCCUUCACAGUGGAUCAAAAAUAAGAAGACUUGAUUUUUGGGAUGACUGCACUCUUGACAUUGUUAUUUUAAUGACCUGCAAAUGGAAAACCUAUUCAAAGAGGAUUUGACCCGACGACCUGUAUCAAGGAAUAUGUCUUUUCAACAUUGGAUUUAAGACUGCAAAUGAAUGAUGGCUGGGAAAGUAGAAAAAGUGUCUAAAUACGAAACUUUAAAGCUUUUAGAAAAGUGCCGGAAGGAAAGAGACGAUGCUUUGCACCGCGAGAAUAUGAUGAGGGAGAAAAUGAGACAAUACGAUUCUCGAAUGAGAUCAACCGAGGCGCUCAAACAGAAAUUAAAGCAAUUGAUUUUGGACAACAAGGAGCUGCGGAAACAAGUGAAGGUCCUGCGGGCUGAAAUUGGUUUAGAGUCCAGUCCUAAAUUUCACGGGAAAACCACCAAGGAUAUAAUCAACGACCUGCACGAGAAGGAGCGCGAGUGCAAUUCACUAGUUGAAAAAGCGGGCAAAUUAAGUUUGACGAUUGAUGAACUGACUUCUGAACUGGCCAACACCGUGACCUCGAAGACUCUGCUGGAGGACCAGGUCCAGUCCCUGCAACAGAACCUGAAGGACAUGACCAACAACCAGCGGCGUCUCCUGAAGCUCUGGGAGGACAAGAAAGCUCAGCGGGAGCAGCUGUCUCUGCCCGCGAUACCGUACAGACCCGGACAAAAACCGCUGCUGCAUAAAGGCGUCCAGACGGAGAUGUCCAUCAGUUCAACCCAGAUAUUACCCACCAACGCUUUUGAGACCAAGACCCGCCGAGAGAGUGAUAAAAGCAGACCCAGUCUGGAGCGACGCAACCUCACUUUAGCAAACGGCACUCAUCGAGAGAAAAACGCUUUAAUUCAGAACGAAGCGAAAGGAAUACACAACUGACAAUUAUUAUUUCACGAAACAUUUUUGUGUCUGUCUA